UUUGGGCCAGACCAACCGAGGGGUAUAGCUAUGAUGUAGCAGCCAGCCAACGGGGCAGAUAGAAAUUGUUAAAACAUUUUUGAAUCAGUAGCAUUUAAAGGCUCGGUCGAUUAUGACGUGUGUGCGCUAACCGGAGUUCGGAUAUUCGCUUAGUUGAGCUGUCGUGAACGUAAUCGGAUCGGAGAGUGGUCAUAGUUUUGUGAAUUUAGUUUUUCGAGUGGACCCUUAAGCCAGUGGUUGCCAGAUAUUAGUGAAGUGAUAAUGUUUCAAAUGGUUUCGGCCCCACUUCGGAACGGUCAGUGAUAAUCAAAUCCGAUCCCCUUUCGGAUAGUGUGAAAAGGGAUGAUUGUUUAAACAUAUCGAGAUUCCAGCGUGGAAAAUUAGUGGCUUAAUUGGAGUUUGAACAGAACCAAGUGAAUUGUGUGGAACUGUGAGUGGAACGAUGAGUUUGCCCAGUGGUGUCGACAUGUCCAAUCUGAUGCAGCAGCAUCCGGUGUUGGGGGCUCUGCCACCGGCGUUUUUCCUGCGGGCGGCCUCGGAGCGAUACCAGCGGACGCCAAAGUGUGCCCGCUGUCGGAAUCACGGGGUGGUGAGUGCCCUGAAAGGCCACAAACGGUACUGCCGCUGGAGGGACUGCGUUUGUGCCAAAUGUACCCUGAUUGCGGAGAGGCAGCGAGUUAUGGCAGCACAGGUGGCCCUGCGACGGCAGCAGGCACAGGAAGAAAACGAAGUGCGCGAUCUUGGCCUGCUGUACACCGGAGGCGGAGUGCACUCGGUGGGUCAACCGGUUGGCGAAAGCAAUGGCCAGUUGCCGGGCCAGAGCCAGUUUCACACUGGAAUUCCGUCGCCCCCGAACGAUUCCGAUGGGGGCAAUCGAGGGGGCUACGGAACAGUUGAUGACGCCGAAAAUCCCCGACUUCGACCUGAACGCCUAAACUCCGCCUAUUCGCCAGACCAGAGUGAACCAGACAGCCCCGGCUCCAAACGGCAGCGAUUGUCAACGGAAACGGACCACGACACGGGGUCGGAAUCGUCCCCGAGCAGCCCGCGGCACCUUAAGGCGGGUCUGUUUUCGCUGCCCAUGAAGCUGUCUCCGUCCCGGAACGGACCGCCGAGUUCACCCGAGUCCGACCUGGACGUGGACGAUUCCGCCCCGGACGACUCGGUGGUGGCCCCGGAAAACCUCAGCCUCAAAAAGGACUCCGGUGCGGGGUCACAAUCGCAGGCCAAGGAUUCCCCCGAUCGGAACGCAGGCUCACCGGUCAACAAUGGGUUGGGGAACGGUGUUGGCAGUGUUGCCAGCAGUUUGGGAUUUUUGCCAUAUCACAACCACACGCCACAGUAUCAGCACGGGCUGGGAGUGGCCGGAUCGCCGACGCCACAGCGAUCGCCGGUUGACGUGCUGCUGAGAGUCUUCCCGAACCGCCGCCGAACGGAGGUCGAGCAGCUGCUCCAGCGAUACCGCGGUGACGUGGUCCAAGCGAUGGAGGCCAUGCUCUGCGGCGGCGACGACGGCGGUCUGCACCCGGCCAUGAACGUUCCGGCUCCCUCUCCGCCCUUUUCCGUAAAAUCCGCCUUCUCUCCGCUGAUGCCUCCGGGAGCGUUCGGGGCACCGGCCGUAGCCAGGGGUUAUUCGUUUCUGCAGGCCCAAGCCCACGCCAAGCGGUUCCUGACGGCACCGUACAGUGGAACCGGGUAUCUGCCGACGGUGCUCCAGGAUCCGGAACAGGGUGAUACCAACGGGAGCGGCGCCGGGAACGGGUCCUCCUCGUCGACUUCCGUGGGCGGUGGGAACUGCGGCGAUGGACAGGAAUAAUACACGUUUAUCAACUUGUAAACUUUGUUUGUAGUAUGUUUCGCGGAAGGACAUUGUAAUCAAUAUUAACGUACUUUUUAAUUCGGGGCUUAGUUAGUGAGGGAAGGGACGGGAAGCUUGUUUCGCUGUGAAGAGGCAAAAAAGGGGCGUGUGUACAGAAUGUGUAGUUAACAGGAACAAUCAAAAUAGGGGAGAAGAAAACAGUUUCAAGUUAGAACCUUUACAUAUACGUAAACGAAUGAUGGCGUAGUUCAAGCAUUGCACUUUGAACGCAUGUAUUUUGUAAAUAGUACAAUUGUAUUUGAUUAUGCGUUAAGUUCCACUGACGGUCACUUUAUCAAUUGUUUCAAUUAUCGUUAACAAUGUUAAGAACCAAUGUGAGCAUUUAUCCACCGAAAUGGAUUAGCUACAAUUUUGUUGGCGUUUGAUUCGAAACAAUUUGUCUCAGCAACUUUGUCAUUUGAAAUCAAACAGUUACGUCGACGAAAUUUAGUUGCGUGUUCGCUUUGCUCACUGAAACAUAGUUUUAUGCGCUGGAUGUUACGGUUUAUUUUACGAUGAUUUUUCUAACUGUCUCUUUUUAUCAAAAAAGGAAGAGUUUGGUGCCUUCCUCACAUUUAAGUAGUAUUUUUACAGUUCAGACCAAGUUCAAACUUGAUUAUCCGAAGCCUCGAUUAUCCAAAGUUUACUAAGAAAUUUCGGAUAAUCCUACCAAAGACUUUUCUCUUUUUUUUUAUUUUCUCAAUUUUAACUUAAAAUUCAACCGCAUUAAGCAAAAUUUGAGUGGUUGGUUGCUUGAUUAGUUGAAAAAUGCAUUUUCUAAAUUUAGUGGCCAUCUUUGAUUUAAAAUGUUCAAAUCAAUAGACUUUUUUCGGGGUCAUAAUUGAGGUAAACAAUUAUAUAUACAAGAGCACAAAUAAUUGUUUGUUUACCGAUCAAUUAACGCUAUAAUCGUUUCAAAUAUUUUUCCAAGGCAUUUGUGUGGGACUCCGUGCUUAAACUCAACCCAAUCAACCAAUUAUCUGUGUGGUAAAUUUUACGCAGUAGGCCUGGCCGCUUUAACGCUUGUUAUGAACAAUGCAUCCUGGUGCAAUGGCGCACUACAAAUGUUAAUAAAUGACAAGAAGAAAUCUAGGCGUAAUCAAACUAAAGGCUUUCUCCAGGAUCACUUCGCACGAUUGGCUGCUCUAAGGUUUGAUUCGAUUAGAUUAGGAAUAAUUUACGUUUGAUGCGCUGCAAGCUGCUUCUGUCCCUUUAAACUUUUUAAACUUCAAACUUCAGUCAGUCAUGUUUUAUUUUUCAAUUUCCUUCUAUUCAGUUAAAACCUAUCACUAAAUCCGAGUCUUUGAGAAUUGCUGUACUCUGAUUCAUGAAUCCACAUACAAUUUCUUUUAUCGACAGCAUUUAAAAAAUCUUAUUCACAACAAAUUGUCUAAUUUAAAUUGUUCAAAUGUUUAAGCUAUUUAGAACGUCUGUUUUAGUAUAAACUGAUAUACAUGAAUUCCAAUUCGUUUAUACUUUGUAUUCUAUUCAUUAUGUUUCUGACAAUUUCAAUAAAUCAUAAUUUCGUUAAAUUUUGAACUUCCUCUAGUUGAGUUGAGUUGAUUUUUUCAUAAUAACUAUUACUUUUUAUAACAUCCCUAUGUUGAUUCCAAAAAACUUUAUAUCCUUUGUUAAAUAAUGCUCAAACUUAAUAAAUGUGCUGAAAAUCACUUUAAUUCAUGUUUUAAAAGAUUUCCAUAGUUUUUGAAAAGUUGAAGAAGCACCAAAAUGUAUAAUUGUCCAAGGUCUGAAAAGAGAGGGGAACAAUGAGACAGCCCUGGUUAAAUUCUGAAAUUUGGUCAUGCCAAACAUUGUAGCCCAACUCAUGCCCAAUGAAAUGACGAAAGAAUUUUGAAGAAAUAUUUGUUUUGAAGUUAAUGCUAGCCUACGAGCAAACAAGUAAUUUUUGCAAUUCCGCUGUGAAACUGUCAACUUUUCCUGUCUUUUUGAAGAAACAAAACGGCCUACUUUUCCCUACAAAAAAACAUAAUGGAAUAUUAAUACCUUUCAAUACCUGUGCUGAAAAGUUCUACUUUUCAGCACUGAAACGGGUGCUGAAAAGUUGAACUUUUCAACACUAGUAUCGAAAAUUAUAAGUGAAUUUACUAAAUACAUGAAUGUUUGACAUAAAAUUCCAUUCAAAAAGCGUUUUACGGAAUUGCAAAAAAUGCUGUAAGCAACUCGUUGCAAAACUUGAUUUUUUCAGCACGCGUCGUAUUUAUCCAACUCGGUAAACCCCGUUUAAUAUUAUGUACAAAAAAAAUGAAGUUGACUUUAUAUCUGUCGGCCACCAUUGCUAGUAUCAACCACUAGGGUCUUUUUUAUCUUCGAGGACUUCGCCGCCCUGGGCUCCUAAGUGUACGACAGUAUGGCCCGGAGCGACAGCGCCGAAUACCCAUUUUGCCCACCGCUCGAUUCGAACCGGCGACCUCUGGAUUGUUAAUGCAGUGCGCGGUCCGAUUGAUCCACACGGACGGGAUAAACGUACAACUCGUGCUGAAAAAAUCUUCU